AUGUUUGCAUUAAAAAGUAUUGCACAAAAAGGUGCACAAUUUUUAAAGAUAUAUGGUAGAAAUCAACAAGUUUUUACUAAGCAGAAGCUUUUUUUCUCUUCUAAGAAUAAGCUUUAUGGGUGCCAAAAAGCUAGAGAUAAUUAUGAAGAGCUAGUUAUGACUAUGAAAAAAAACAUUGAUAUCAUUUAAAAGUCAUUUAAAGGAAAAGAUUACAAUUAUUUGCUUAACUCACUAAACAACUUACUAAAUAUUGGUCUUAUGGAUCACCCUAUCAUAGAAGAAGUUGUAAAGGAAAUAAAAGAUAAUAAUUUGCAUUUAUAAAUCUAAGAAUCAACUUAGAUGGAAAAAUUCUGUUCAGAUAUCAUAUAAUUGAUGGAGAAUCCAAAGUAUAGAAGAAUAGGACUUAAGCUUUUAGAAGAGAUUAGCGAAAAAUUCUUCCUUCUCAAAUACAAUUAAAUUUAGAAUAUAGAAAAAUAAAUACUAGGAAGCCAAGACAGUAAUAUUAAAAGCUUGCUUUAAUAAUCUCCAAAACUUAAAGGGAAUAUUUAGAAAUAUUUGAAUAUAACCAAUGCAGAAUUAUAGAAAGAAGUAUUUGAGAAAAUGAACUUGAAGCAGUAAUCUAAAAACUAUAAGAUUAUUAAAUUUGAGGUAGAUAAGAAUUAGUUUGUUUUGUUUGAUGAAAAAAAUAACCAAGAGGUAAUUAUCUAAGGAGUAGAUAACUAUCCUUACAAUUCGUAUGACACAUUUAAGCAAAUAUUCAAAGAAAAGAAAGGAUAGAUUAAUUUGCUGAUUACUUAAGACCAACCCAUAACCGAUUCAGAUGCCAAAAAUACUUAAUAAUUAAAUGAUGAAUACUAUAUUGAUGAAAUAAAUUAAAUGUAUAAGACAACAAAAGAUGUUUAUGAACUUAAAGGAUUAUAAUUAAGAUAAUUUUUAUUAAAUUGUUUUUGUGAUGAAUCUUAUGUGUAUGAUUUUGAAUAAAGCUAGUUUAGACAUAGAAAAAUGAAGAUAUAUGAGCAUUUGAAUUCUCUAUACAUUGAUUUUAUCAAGUAGGCUAAUUCUACUAAAGAAUUACCUUCUAAAAUUGUUCUAGCUGAUAUGCCAAUAAAUGAAUACAUCAACAGCUUAGUUAUUUUAUAACCCUUAAAUCGUUUAAAAGAGACAGUUCGUUUGUGCAAUUUUGUUACUUUGAUGGAAAAAACUAGUUUUUCACACAACACAUUGUUUAAAUAAGGAUGUCCUACAUGCAACAAAGAUGUUUAUUAUUCAGAAUAAAAUAAAAAUAUCAAGAAGGUCCCUGAUGCCUAUCUUGAAAUAUUAAGUGGAGACCCAAAGUUUCUUCCUUUGAGUCAAAAAGUGAGGUAUUUUGGAGAUAGAGUAUAUUAAAGUUUGUUAGAAAACAAGAAAUACAAUCAGGUUUUAGUGGCAUGUGGAAGCUUUUAACUUUAUGAAACAGUCAAAAUAAUAAUGGAAAAUGAUGACUAAAAUGCAGAUUUUGAUGGAUAUGAUUUCUAUAAGUAUAAGGAUGAGUUAAAAAGAGAGUUUGGUAAAAAUUAGAGGGAAUACUUAGAAAAAAUAGCUUUACUUGAAGUACUCCACGAAGUCAUUGAUAAUGGCUGUGUUAGAGAAUUAACUAUAAAAGGAAAGAAUCGUAUUAAUAUAGAUUAAUAUAUUUCAUAUAUAGAUCAAUACACAGAUUUGCUUUCAUUUGAAAGUAUUUCUCCCAACGUUAAGUUUGUGAACAACAGCGAGGUUAAAAAAAUCAAAAAUUGUAUUUCUGAUUAAUUAAUCUUUGGUCUUGGUGAAGACAAAGAAUACAUUUAACAGUAAACUGAGUCUGAUUCAUUCUUUAGUUUGUUCUCAAACAAAAAUAAAUAAUAAUAAGACAAUGAUAAUUCAUAGACAAUAAUAGAAGACGAUUAACCAUAAAAAUCAUAAGAAGAGUUAGAGAAAGAAUCCUAAUUACUUCAAGAAGAAAUAAAGAGACAUGAAGAAAAAAUAAAACCUGAGCAUUAUAUUGAUAAAGUAUAUGAUGAUGAUUAAAAAGAUCUGCUAAAAUAAGUAAUAGAACUAAUCAACAAAAAGACAUUAUUUAUAAAUGAUUAAGAAGAAACAUAAAGGGUUAUUACAGAUAGAGCUCAAGAUUAAGAUUAAAACUUAAAUAGUCAAGAAAGUGAUAAAAAAAAUAAAAUAAAAUUUAAAAAAGUUGUUCCUAGAUAUAAAAAAAACUAAGACUAAUGA